GAUUUUGAAAACAAUCCGUGCGGAACUGUAGCGCGGGACGAAGUUUCCGGGGGACGGAUUAGAGGCGCACACCAGGCGCCAAGAUCAGUGUUCUCAGUGUAUAGGUGACUAUAGGUGGAACAACAGAGCCCAGCAUGCCAGCCAGGAGGUCACUGCGAUUGGACGCCUCAGAAAGCAACAAGAAUGAGAAGACCAAAACGAAAACCACACAAGACCCCAGCUCUUACUCCCCACUGACCGGCACACGGAAAAUGAGCCCCCCUUCAGUGUCUAAACGGAGAGCAGCAGUGGUGCCCAGGCAGGGCAGGCGGCCAGAUAACACCGACCAUGCUAAGUCCGCAGCGCCAGGAAAGUCCAGCAGAGGGCAGUCUGCCACAGAAGACAAUUCUGAGCUCCUGGAGCUGUUUUCCCGAGUUGAGAAAUCAUUGGGAGCCUUUGUGAAAAUGAGACAAGGACUGAAGAAUCUGCAGGCUUUAGAGGGCAGCAGAGAGCUGGGAACUGUCACUGGAAGCCAUCAGCCGGCACUAGAUCUACAGACUGAGAUGCAGAGAGCGAAAGUUCUGAUAUGUGAAGUUAGAAAACUGAAAAUGCAGCCGAGUACUAGCUAAUGAUGGUCUCUUAUUCUGCCUGUUGAGAUGUCCGUCUUUCAGGAUCCAGCGAUUCUCCGCGAUGAGCUGCAGUAUUGCAAUUCCAGUCUGUAAAAGUGCUGUUUUGAAUAAAGAUGGACCGUAACCUGCUCUUUCUGCCGCAGAUCCCCGUACAUAGGGGGUCAUUCCGAGUUGAUCGCAGCCAGCAACUUUUUGCUGCUGCUGCGAUCAACUAGUCCACGCCUAUGGGGGAGUGUAUUUUAGCUUAGCAGGGCUGCGAUCGCUUAUGCAGCCCUGCUGAGCUUAAAAAAUUUCAAGCACAAGUAGACCAGCCCUGGACAUACUUACCUUGUGCGACGAUCUUAGCGAUGCAGGAGCCAGCUUUGACGUCAGAUAUCCGCCCUCCGUUCUUCUGGACACGCCUGCGUUUUCCAAUCCACUCCCCGAAAAUGGCUGGAAACGCUGUGGAGACGCCCAGGUCCGCCUUCUUCCUGUCUAUCUUCUUUGCUGUCUGCGACCGCUUCCUUCUCAAGACGCGACGUAACCGCCGGGCAACGUCGCGCACUGCGGCUGCCGCGCAUGCGCAUUCUGCACCCGUUCGCACCGCAGCGAGAAACCGCUGCGUGCGAACGGGUCGGAAUGACCCCCAUAAGCUCUGCUAGCGCACGUUACUUGUGUUCCCUGCUGGGCUCCAUCAUUGUAUUGUGAGACGGUGAUUGAAGGGGGGAAAGCGGAUUGUGUUAAUGUGAUCGCAUUGGGGAAGUCCAUUCUUAGGGUAAACCCGUCUGCAGCCCGUUGUCUAACUAGGAACCAUCAACAUCCCUUACGCACAGCCCAGCUAAUGUUCCCAAGCCCCAACUAAUAUAGAAAUAUGAGGUUAGGGUUCCUCAUGUGCUGCUGAUACUAGUUUUACCUGUGUGCAGGUGCCAUGACUUUAGUCUGUGUAUACAUAAUAAUACAGUUCACACAUCA